AUGGAUAGACUUCUAUCAGCCUUGCAGAGCUACGAUGCUGCUGUCUUCGCCCGACCUUUCACGACCAACAUGGCCACCUGUGGCUUCAUCAACGUGGUCUCGGAGCUGCUGCGGCAACGCCUCCAGGGGGCUUCGGACCCCACCGGUGUUCCGCGGCAAGCAUUACUUGGAAGUUGCCUGGUGGCUCCACUGUCAACUACAUGGUUCAUGAUUCUGGAGCGGCUUUUUCGCAGCUGGGAUGCCUCGAGUUUGGCGACGGUGGUGUCAAAGACCUGUUGCGAGCAGGCCUUUUUCGCACCCGUCAUCAACACCUGCUUCAUGACUUUCCAGGGUCUUCUAGAAGGUCGUGGAAUUCAGGAGAUUAAGGAUGAACUACAGCGGAACUUUUGGACAGUGCAGCGUGGCAACUUCGCUGUGUGGGCACCAGCCAAUCUGAUCUCCUACAAGUUCAUUCCACCACGCCUCAGAGUGCUAUUUGCCAACACUGUGGCAGUCUUUUGGAUGCUUUUCCUGAUCUGGAAGACUUCAAAACGCAGGCCAGAUCCGGCACACUCGGCGAGAUCCGCCCAGCGCGCGGUCCACAGACCAAGGCACUUGGAUGAGGACCAUCGCUUUGAUCCGCUGAAGGAUGACCCGCGUGAGCGACCUGGAGCCCAGUUGGGCAGAGCCCAGAAAGCGGCCAUCGGGGCUGAUCUUGGCGGAAGCUCUGGAAGCUCUGGAAGCUCCUUGGCAGGCCGCAAUACUGCCUCCUUUGAUCCUCGUUCUACAUUGGUGCGACCUGCCAUGAGAGUGAUCUACGGUCGGAAUGGUCGAGAAUUUGGUGUCACCACAAGGCCAGAUGACAUCGUUGUCGUGCCAGAGUUCAUGGGUGAUUUGGAUGACAGUCUGGCAAGUUGCUUGAUUGCUGAGUUGAAGACGUCCGACGCAGAAGAUCCCAAGUCUAUUCCAUCCAUCAGAACUUUGACUGCACGCAUGUGUGAGUACUUUCAAGUAGAUCAACGGACCGUCCAGGUCCGAGUAAGAUGGCAUGAAACUGGCACCAGCCCAGCCUCGCAGUUGCAAUCCGCCAGCUUUGGGCCUUCAAACUCCCGGAAGGCAUGUUUGCUCCACCUUUCUUUGGGCGGGACUGCUGAACAUGCUUUCAAGCGUGUUGGGACUGGUGAAGUGGUCUACUUCCCUCAAGGCAACAACACCCUGAUGUUGCUCGGGUGUGACAUUGUCAAGAAGUGGUCUUCUGGCGAGUCGAAGGCUCCCGAAGACUUGAACGUCUUGGUGUCUCUGUGGGGCAGCAGCAAGAAAGCCUUGGAAGAUCGCUUGCCAGAAAAGGCUAAGGAAGUGUGCCGAGAUUUCCAUUUGGGGCGAUGCACCUACGGUGACAAGUGCAAGUUCCCCCAUGAGAAGCCGAGCAGUCAUGAAGAGCUGGUGGCCUGGCCAGCGAGGCCAUCCAUGCGUGUGAUUACUGUGCAUGCAUCGCAGCGCUAUACUGCUCCUGUUAAGCAUGAUGACGUCAUCAUCGUGCCAGAGUUCUUCUGUGGAGAAGAUGAUUGGAACAUAUACUACACCCUCAUCAAGGAGAUGCGGCAGAGUCAAGCGAACGGGGACUGGAAGGCAGAGUGGGUCUCUUGGCAUGAGGGUGCGCAUUUGUUGAGUCAGAAUCCAAGCGCCUCGGACACUUACAAUGAGGUGAUUGACAGCUUGUGUCAGUACUUCAGCGCCACUGACCCCAAUCGGGGGACUCGCUUCAACUGGUAUAGAGAUGGAUCCGAUUGGAAGCCUUUCCACCAUGACUCUGCUGCCUUUAACGAGCAGAGGGCUGCCAAUCAAAAUUGCACCAUCGGCAUCUCCUUUGGCUCAACUCGAGAGUUGGCCUUUCGACAUGCCAAAACAGGAGAGCUGAUCUAUGUCCCUCAAAAGAAUGGCAUGUUGUUCUACUUCGGCAGGGAUGUGAACAUCAUUUGGCAGCAUGGGAUCAACGCGUUGCCAGAGCAAGAGCAAGAUGGGAAAGGUCGAAUCUCAAUUAUCCUUUGGAGUUUGUGCGAACUCUGCAUUGAAGAGAGCGAUUCUCCACCCAUGCUCACUGAUGAGUCCCGUGGUAGUUAUAGUAUGCACAACAAAGGCAAGGGCAAGGGAAAAGGCAAGCGUUUCUGCAGCAACGGUGAUGGACUUUGCCGGGACUUCCAGCGGGGCUUUUGCAGCUAUGGUGAGAAGUGCCGCUUCCUACAUCGAUAA